AAACACGGAAGUGUUUCUCGUCAGUCCGUGAUGGCGGAGCUACAGGGGAGGGUCUUAGAUCUGUUCGCGGCUCAGGCCACCCGGCCCCGCCGUACCACCGAGGUCGCCGGCAGCCUGGGGAUCACCAAGAAGGAGGCGAGCACGGCCCUGUACGCGCUGCAGCGUCAGGGCGCCGUGGAGCGCGUGCAGCAGUCGCCGCCGACUUGGCGCCUCCUGCCCAUGGGGCCCCCGCAACAACAGCCGCCGCCGCCGCCUCAGCAGCGAUACCCCAUGCAGCAGCAGCAGGCCGGCAACUACGGGGGAUACCCGCCUCCUGCCUCGGCAGGCUACCAGCCACGGCCACAGAGAAACAAGGUGCCGCGAGGAGGCAAGGGCAAGGUGGUUCGGCAUCAGGGUCCUUGUGGCCCCGUUGCGCCUCACCCAGCGAUGCCUAAUGGAGCGUACUUCUUCCGCCCGUCAUACGCGCAGGCGACCGGAAAUGGGCCGGCAUUGUGGAUGAAUGGGCAAAAUGGCAGGGACGAGCCAAUGGAAUUCGAAGAAGACGAAAAUGUUUCUUCGUCUGACAGCUUAGACGAGGAGGGUCCCGAGAAUGGCUACACGCAGGAGAGGUGGGAUGCGAUCAUCUCCUUCUUGGUGCAGUUUCAGGAGCCGAAGGACCCCACCGAGAUUGCCAACCACCUUGGUCUGGCCAGCCGCAAGCAAGUCAACCCCACCCUGUAUGCUAUGCAAAAACGGGGCCUCUUAGUCAAGGUCUCAGAGACACCCCCACGUUGGGGGCUUGUUCCAGGUGUCACAGCAAUACCCAACCACCUCAACCACCCUGGACCCAACCGAAUGCAGGAGCGUGAACCAGAGUACGAAUACUACGAUGCUCGCAGCGACUUCCAGAACGGAGACAGAAUAGAGUCCGUGAGAUACGAGCAACCGAUGUAUUACCCCAACGAGCAGCGCAUGAGUCCAGGCGUGAAGAACGAAAGACAGACGCCCUCACCAAAGUACCAAAAUGGUCCCAUUCCUGGCCCGAGCGACCCCUCCCCCCUUCUGUGGCACCCAACUGGCAGGUGAAGUCAGAACCGAUGGACAUCGACCAU